AUGUGCACCCGUACACCAGUAACUAACGUGCUACUCCUCGGUUUCACCAAGGACUGUGCGCAACAUAAAUAUAUAACCACGCUUUUCUUCCACAAAAUGAACAGGUUCAAGUUAGAAUUCUUGGGCAUGAAGCUUGAUCUCAAGCUAUUGGGUGACAUUUUCUUUCUCACAGGGGCUGGGCUUUCUAUGUAUUAUAUGAUAAACCACCUUCUCAACGACUCUAUAGACAACUCUGUUCGCAGCAAGGAACUGAAGAAAAAGAGCUCAAGUGUGUUGAAAAAGAUCCAAAACACAAAUCCAGACCUUAAAGAUAUUUCGCUUAAUGAGUAUGAAAAAUCAUUACUCAACUGUUUGGUUACACCGGAAGACAUUUCUGUCAGUUUUGACGAUAUCGGAGGUCUUCAACAUAUUAUUGAAGAAUUACAUGAAGCGGUUAUUUUGCCUCUUACGGAACCCGAACUUUUUGCAGCACAUCUGUCAUUGGUGAACUCCCCCAAAGGUGUAUUAUUUUAUGGACCUCCUGGCUGUGGAAAGACAAUGUUGGCAAAAGCGAUUGCCAAAGAGAGUGGAGCAUUUUUCCUACUGAUUCGUAUGCUGACUGUCAUGGACAAGUGGUAUGGAGAGUCCAAUAAAAUAGUCGACGCGAUUUUUUCUUUGGCCAACAAAUUGCAGCCGUGUAUCAUUUUCAUUGACGAGAUUGAUUCUUUCCUAAGAGACCGCUCUUCGGCUGACCAUGAGGUGAGUGCGUUGUUGAAAGCGGAAUUCAUGACCUUGUGGGAUGGUCUCCUUUCAAAUGGCCAGAUAAUGGUGAUGGGCGCCACUAACCGCCAAAAUGAUAUCGAUCUGGCAUUCAUGCGGAGGUUGCCAAAACGUUUUGCUAUUAGCAAACCGGACAGAGAUCAAAGGCGCUCGAUUUUACAAAAAAUUCUCCGUGAUGCCAAGUUGGACGACGAUUUUGACUUGGAGACUGUAGUUAUUGCCACAGAAGGCUUCAAUGGCUCUGAAUUGAGGGAAUUGUGCCGCGAAGCUGCUCUUCGCUCAAUGAAAGAUUACAUCAGACUGAACUACAAGAAUGGAAGAAAGCGGAAUGAAAAUGUCGACCCUUCAAUGGUUCGCCCCCUCAUGACAAGAGAUUUUCUCAGAGAAGGCGAGAUCCCGGCAAGCUUGGUGGACUGA